GCUCUGCCUGGGAGCUGAGAACACGCGUUGAAUGCUUGCAGCUAAAAACAAGGGUUCUCAAUGGCGUGAGCAUAUAAAGCUGUCUGGCGCCAUGCCCGGCCUCGUGCCCAACGGCACCUCUGCCUGCGUCCUUUUGCAAUACCCACCUUGCCACACCUCCUCGUGGAACCGGGUCGAUAAAGGAUAGACAGACGUACAGAUUCGAACUGCUCUCUUUUGUCAAUUCGUUUUGCUUGGGACACAGAGAAGAACGCCGCCAUGUCUGACCUGAGCAAGAACUUUGAAACCCUCCAGCUCCAUGCUGGCCAGCAACCUGACCCAGCAACCAAUUCUCGCGCCGUCCCGAUCUAUGCCACAACUAGCUUCGUCUUCAAUGACUCGGCCCACGGUGCCAGGCUCUUCGGCCUCAAGCAGUUUGGCAACAUCUACAGCCGCCUAGCGAACCCGACCGUCGAUGUAUUCGAGAAGCGAGUUGCGGCGCUCGAGGGUGGCGUCGCUGCCGUUGCCACGGCCUCGGGCCAAGCGGCCCAGUUCAUGACAAUCCUGGCCCUCGCCCACGCCGGCGACAACAUCGUAUCGACGUCGAACCUCUACGGCGGCACCUACAACCAGUUCAAGGUCAUGUUCCCAAGGCUAGGCAUCCAGACAAAGUUCGUCGACGGCGACAAGCCCGAGGACCUGAUCGCCGCCAUUGACGACAAGACAAAGGCCGUCUACCUCGAGAGCAUCGGAAACCCGAGGUACAACAUCCCGGACUUUGAGAAGAUCACCAAGCUGGCGCACGAAAAGGGGGUGCCCGUUGUUGUCGACAACACCUUUGGUGCCGGCGGAUACUUUGUCAGGCCCAUCGAGCACGGCGCCGACAUCGUGGUGCACUCGGCUACCAAGUGGAUCGGCGGACACGGCACCACCAUCGGCGGCAUCAUCGUCGACAGCGGCAAGUUCGACUGGGGCGCCAACUCCAAGCGCUUCCCUCAGAUGGUCGAGCCAUCCGAGGGCUACCAUGGCCUCAAGUUCUGGGAGACGUUUGGGCCCAUCACCUUUGCCAUCCGUGUGCGCGUUGAGGUGCUCCGCGACCUGGGAGCCUGCCUCAGCCCCUUUGCGGCGCAGCAGCUCAUCCUGGGUCUCGAGACGCUGAGCCUGCGCGCAGAGCGGCAUGCGCAGAACGCACUCGCGCUGGCCAGGCACCUCGAGAAGAGCCCCUACGUCGCGUGGGUGUCGUACCCGGGUCUCGAGAGCCACGGCAGCCACGAGAACGCCAAGAAGUACCUCAAGCGCGGGUUCGGUGGCGUGCUCAGCGUCGGCGUCAAGGGCGGUGGCGCUGCGGGCAGCCAGGUCGUGGACGGCUUCAAGAUGAUUAGCAACUUGGCCAACGUUGGAGACUCCAAGACCCUGGCCAUCCACCCGUGGACGACCACCCAUGAGCAGCUGUCGGAGCAGGAGCGCAUCAGCUCGGGAGUCACUGAGGACCUCAUCCGCAUCUCGGUUGGCACGGAGCACAUCGACGACAUCAUUGCCGACUUUGAGCAGUCGUUCAAGAGUGCCGCGGCCACCACCAAGUCGACAGACGGUGGGGACGCUAAGGGUGCUCCCGGAAAGGAGGACGAGGCCGCGCCGGUCGUCGUGUGACCUGAUCUAUGAGGAAGUGGGCGAGACGGCCCGUGCCAGCGGCUAGUCUCACGGGUGUAGAAAGAAAGUAUAUUUGACAAGCGAGAUAGCUGCAAUCUAU